UGGCGGGAGUUUCGGACGCUGUCGUUUACGUUUGAUUUUUGGAAUGAUUAAGUUUUAUGUCAUCUUGAUCGGUGUACCGGGAAUUUGUUGUUUAUAUUCUUCCUGUUUCUUGUUUGGAAGUAGCUGCAUUUUUAUUCUUUGACAUUCAUGUUUGUCGGAUAUAGUUUGACAGUUAAGGACUGCUUUAGCUUGGGAUUAUCAAAAGCCAUUUCCAGCAAAUCCCCCAGCUUUAGGUCCCAGAAUAGCUCCAGCAGCGGCUUGUUGUGCUGCUGAGUCUGCGACGUAAAACACCUUCUACCGUUAAACUAAUGGAGGCGAAUUAUAAUCACCAGUCUUGGGAGUCAUCUGGUCGUGGUGGACGGGAGAAUAAGCUCAACCGAAAGCGUGUUUUCACUGGUGGAGGGGGCAAUAUAUUUGGAGCGGGCAGCAGUGGGCACAUGGAGGAUGGGGAUAAGAAACAGAAAUUUUUGGAUAGAUUUGCCAGCAUACGGAUUCCAGGAAGUAAAAAGGACAGACCUCCCCUUCCUAAUUUCAAACCUUUGCAUUCACCAGGCAUUGACUGUUCAUCUACAUCACCAUCUGAGUAUGAUGAAUUUUCCUCAAAGCUGCUAUCAGAAAAGGAAGUCCUAGCACUGUUUGAAAAGAUGAUGGAAGAUAUGAACUUAAACGAAGAUCGAAAGACACCUCUGCGGGAGAAAGAUUUUGCUAUUAAAAAAGAAAUGGUCAUGCAGUAUAUAACAGCAUCAAAAACAGGACAUUUGAAGAGUAGCCGACAGAUUUUGCCACAAGAAUUUAUCCAUGAACUGAAAGGUGGUGUAGCAGAUGACAGACUUCUUAGUUGCCUUGAAUCUCUUCGUGUGUCUUUGACCAGCAAUCCAGUCAGUUGGGUCGAAAGCUUCGGACAUGAAGGUUUGGGCCUUUUGUUGGAUACGCUUGAAAAGCUGCUUGAAAAGAGACACCAGGAGAAGUUUGAUAAGAGAAAUCAACACAAAGCAAUACAGUGUUUGAAAGCCUUUAUGAACAACAAGUAUGGCUUGGAAAGGAUCUUGGGAGAAGAGAGGUGUCUUUCACUCCUGGCCAAAGCUAUUGAUCCCAGACAAGCAAAUAUGAUGACAGAUGUUGUCAAGCUGCUUUCUGCCAUAUGUAUUGUUGGAGAAGAAAAUACCCUUGAAAAAAUUUUGGAAGCCAUUACAACAGUUGCAGAACAAAGAAAUAUUGAAAGAUUCUGUCCCAUUGUGGAGGGCCUCCAUAGUCACAUGGCUCAGUUACAGGUAGCUUGUAUGCAGCUCAUCAAUGCUCUUGUUACAUCUCCUGAUGACUUGGACUUCAGGCUUCACAUUAGAAAUGAAUUUAUGCGCUGCGGAUUGAGAGAGAUAUUGCCACACCUGAAGGCCAUAAAGAAUGAAGCACUACAUAUCCAGUUAAAAGUGUUUGAGGAACAUAGAGAAGAAGAUCUUCUUGAAUUUGCACAUCGGUUGGAUGAUAUAAGAUCCGAACUUGACGAUGUGAAUGAUGUCUUCAGUUUGGUGCACAACAUGGUGAAAGACACAGGUUCUGAAGGAUAUUUUCUGUCAAUUCUCCAGCAUCUUCUGCUGAUUAGAAAUGACUAUUUUAUACGGCCUCAGUACUUCAAAGUAAUUGAUGAGUGCGUCUCUCAGGUAGUGUUGCAUCGAAGUGGCACAGACCCAGACUUUGCAUACCGUAAACGGCUUGAUGUAGAUUUUAGUCACCUUAUUGACAUUUGUGUAGAAAAGGCAAGAGCAGAAGAAUUUGAAAUAAGAGCUGCUGAGCUAGCCAGAAAGUUUGAUGAAGAAUUUACAGCUCGUCAAGAGGCUCAGGCCCAGCUACAGAAGAAAGAUGAAAAAAUCAAUGAGUUAGAAGCUGAAUUACAUGCAUUUAAAUCCCAGUAUGGCUCAGCACUGGCUGGUUCAAGUGUUCGAUACCAACAGUCAUCUGGAGGAAUUACAUCAAAUACUUCAGUACCACCACCUCCCCCAGCACCUCCUCUUCCAGGAAUUAGUGGAAUGCCACCCCCUCCUCCACCACCACUACCCCCUGGGUGUGGAGUACCUCCUCCUCCACCCCUUCUUCCACUUAACGGUUCAGGUUUACAUGUUCCAUCUGGAAUACCUCCUCCUCCAAUGUGUGGUUUAGGAGCACGACUUUGGUCUCCACCUUCCCAUGUGUUGCCAUUUGGACUGAGGCCUAAAAAGGAAUUCAGACCUGAAACUGGCAUGAAACGAUUUAACUGGUGCAAGAUCAGACCGAAUGAAAUGUCAGAAAACUGUUUCUGGAUAACCGCAGAUGAAGGGAAGUACGAGACUCCUGACUUGCUUGGUGAAUUAGAGUUUAACUUUGGCACACAGAAGCAAGUACGGAAAGAGGAAGAAGAUUUAGAGGAGAAGAAGUCCAUCAAGAAGAGAAUCAAAGAGCUAAAAGUCUUGGAUCCCAAGAUAGCACAGAACCUCUCAAUCUUCCUUGGCUCUUUCCGAAUGCCUUACGAGGAAAUCAGGACCAUAGUACUGGAGGUAGAUGAAGAACAGCUGACAGAAUCAAUGAUUCAGAAUUUAAUCAAACAUCUGCCUGAACAGCAGCAGCUGAAUUCUUUGGCCUUAUUAAAGAAGGAAUAUUGUAACCUGUCAGAACCUGAACAAUUUGGUGUUGUGAUGAGCAGUGUGAAGAGACUAAAGCCACGCCUCAAUGCCAUACUCUUUAAGCUUCAGUUUGAAGAGCAGGUGAAUAACAUCAAACCUGACAUCAUGGCCGUCAGUGCUGCCUGUGAAGAGAUAAGAAAAAGCAAAAGCUUCAGUAAGUUGUUGGAGCUGGUGUUGCUAAUGGGAAACUUCAUGAAUGCUGGAUCACGGAAUGCACAGACCUAUGGGUUCAAUCUUAGCUCCCUCUGCAAACUCAAGGACACAAAAUCAUCAGAUCAGAAAACGACAUUGCUGAACUUUUUGGCCCAAAUUUGUGAGGAGCGCUAUCCUGAUGUCCUGAGAUUUGUUGAAGACUUUAAUCAUCUAGACAAAGCCAGCAGAGUCUCAGCAGAAAACUUGGAGAAGAACCUGAAGCAGAUGGAAAAGCAGCUUCAACAGCUUGAGAAGGAUUUAGAGACCUUUCCCCUUGCAGAGGACGUGCAUGACAAGUUUGUGACAAAGAUGUCCAGCUUUGCUGCUUAUGCUAGACAACAGUACCAAAAGCUGGCCAGUAUGCAUGAAAGUAUGGUAAAGCAUUAUCAAGCACUGAUGGAGUACUAUGUCAUUGAUUCUAAGAAGGUGGCUGCAGAGGACUUGUUCACUGACAUUAACAACUUCAGAGUAUCAUUUGUGAAAGCCCUAAAGGAGAAUGUAAAAAGAAGAGAAGCUGAGGAAAAACAGAAGCGCGCUAAAGUAGCAAAGGAAAAGGCUGAAAAGGAGAAGCGAGAAAGGCAACAAAAAAAGAAACGCUUACUGGAGAUGAAUGCAGAAGGUGAUGAGACUGGAGUGAUGGAUAGUCUGCUAGAGGCUCUGCAAUCCGGUGCUGCAUUCCGAGAUCGGAGAAAACGGGCACCAAGGCCUAAAGAUAUACGUCAGAGUCUUAGUCCCUCUUCACAGAGGCCUAUUUUGAAAACGAGCAAUUAUGAAAACCAGAAGGCACAGCUAGAAAGGUCGCGUUCACGCCAGAAUAUCAAUUUCAACUCGACAAGAGCUCCAAUUGCCAAGGAUGUUAAUUACGACGUGGAAGCUCAUUCAUCUACAGCACAGAGCAAGGCUGUCAAGAAGAGGGAGGACCAUACAACACAAGGCAGCAGGGCAAAGGAAAUGGAACCUGUUGGUUCUGCUUCUAACGGGGAGCCCAUUUCUGAAGUGGAGACACUUCUGGCAAGACUGCGAGCAUUGUGAAGUCCAUUAAAAAUACAUGUUACAGCCCCAAUAUUUGUUGCUUCAUCAAGUGAUAAUAUAAAGGCUCAUAACUGCUCCACCUUUCCAAGUAAUACCAAGAACAAUAAAACACUAUACAUUUCAUUUUUUUGUCAUCCAUCCUAACAGAUGCUGUAUAUGCAGAACAGGAAAUACAUUAGCAGCUGUUACUGGCUUGUUAAUUAUUUCUGUUCCUCUUUGCAUUUUGAAUGUCUUACUGUAGAUUGAAAGUGUAUUGUGAAGUAUUACAAACCUUAUUCUGCUGUCUGCUUAUGACCUCAGUGCAGUGUUGCAAGCCAAAACUUUUAACACUAGUGCUCGCCAUACAGAGUAUUUUUUUUUCUUCUGGAUUUAAUACUGAUGGCAAAAUAUAUUUUGGGUACUUGUCACUCAGCUUUCUUCAAAGCAUUUAUAUAAUCUGUAUUUUAUUACGUGUCUCUUGACAGUAUUAUUUAUGAUGACACUGUAUUUAUAGUAAGCACAUUGUACAAGCUAUUUGAACCAAAGCCAUCUUAAAAUUUAGCUAACAUAUUUAAUAUAUGAAAAAAAUUACCUUAAAAUAUGCACUUGUAAUGUAGCUGAAUAUGCUACAUGUUACUCAGUAAAGCAGCAUUGUUACAUGCAUCCUGUAAUAAGAUGCAUUAGAGCUGUAUGGGUUCCUUAUCUAUGCAAGACAUUUUUCUAAAAUAAUACUACUUUGUAUAUAAUAAAUGCUUUGUAUAUCAAAUGUA